UCCGUCUUUCUCACUUCACGAUCGAAAAGUCAUGAUCUUUUUGGCCACACCAAUGUAUGAACUACCAACGUAUAUGUUACCACCAUUGGCCAUUUCUUGGUCACCGAAACCAGGGUGACAAGGAUUUGAUGUCUUGAACAGGGGUUUUUUUUUCUUUGCCAAGAAUGGAUACAGCCGCUGGAAUUAUAGGCAGCCAACGUUCUUCGUCGCCUGAGGAUGGCACCUACAAACCACCAGAAGGACUAGAAGAUGGAUACGAUUCUGCCGCCACUGCAGGAGGUAAUGGAUCCAGGGAUGGCAACUACCAAGUAGAUGCUGAUCCUUCUGAAUGGGAUCUCGACACCGACGAUGUCCGCUCGAUCUCGUCAACGGAGCUGCGCGAGGCUCGGCCAAACCGUUGGAAGGGACCAGCAUCGACGUGGCGGGCUUUGACUGAACAGGACCGCCUGACUCAUGAGGCGUUUGUGUCUUUGCGAAACCAGGACCUCUCUGCUCACCUGUACACCGCGUUUGCGCUCAAGCGCCGAGGACACAUGCAAGGUAGUGGCGACGCCGAGACGGACAACGACGCAGAAGACGAAGAGGACGGUGAUUUUGAUGCCGUCACGGGCGCCCGCGUGCGCGGGUCUUCCUGGGUACCGCCAAAGUCUUGGACCGCCUGGCCUCUGCGCUCCCACCUUGUCCCCAACGACUACGAGUUGAUGACAGCCUCGGCAUCAGGAGAUCCUCUGGAUUCUUACACGCUGCGACGGACCGUAGUGCCGGAGGAAGGCUCCUCACGACCUGCUGCAGCUCUAGAGGAUCUACUCUGCGCCACUAUGGUGCGGACUGCAACAGAUCGGUUUCGUCGACGACAGGCCCUAGGCCAUGUCGACAGCGAGAAUAACCCCGUCUCUCUACAUGACCAGCAGGAGCGGCCGGGUACGCCCAGCGAUCAAUCAGAGGGUGGCGCAUGGCCUAACAGUAGUCCGCCCUCGGCGCAGCUGCACUCAUCUUCGCCACCCAGAGCCAGUCCCACGUACGCGAUUGAAGACAGAACCUACAUUCCCUCGGCUGCAACUGACGAUGACAAAUCCCACACUCUUCUACGUCCCGCCGCCCGCCGAAUUCUGGAAUCUCUGGAUGCGACGUUGCUUCGGCUUCACGACGCCCGCGUUCAGGCAACUAUGGAUCUGUCCGAGCCUUCGGGGACUUCCUCUUCGGAGCAGGAAGAGGAGAUAGAACCGUCAGGACACGAAUCAGCCACUUCGGGCAGCAGGAAGCGUAGUCGUGGACGGCCGCGCAGUACAAAACCCAUCGUGCCCCCUAAGUUCAUGCAACCAGAGAGACCUGAACAAGGGAACAAGAGGAGGGUCGGACGGCCCAAGAGAGUAUACGUUCCGCAGGAUGGAGAGACGGAGACCGAAAUGUUAAUUCGUGUGGCAAAAGAAAGGCAUGAGAGGAUACCUGUGUUUAACGACAGCAAGGAACAUUCGCGCAGGGAGGCGUCGACAGAUGGGGGGUCUACCAACAAGAAACCUUCAAAACCCAAGUCCAGUCGUUCAAAAGGGAGCGUCAUUCUGAAGCUCGUGGGCGAGACUGAGCGGCAAUAUCAAGUCAGAGUGGCCAGGGAAAAACAUUUGAAGUUGCCUGAGUUUCUUUCUGACGAUGAAGACGCCCCGGAAGAUGCGACGCGAUCCCUUAGACCGGACGUUGUUAAGCAGGAUUUUGCCGCGGAGAUGGAGGUGGACGAGGAGCUGACCACCGAAGAGGCCGUGGAGAGGAAAAUCCGCCAAAAGAAAACAACAAUGAGUCGAUGGCCACUGCGCAACUGGAGUGAUGUCGUCGGCGCCGCUGCGCUCGCGGGCUUCUCGCCGGCGGUCGUUGCGCGUGUGACGCAGCGGUGCGCGAAUCUCUUUGGCCAGACCAUGGAGAUGCACACCAUAACCGAAGCCCCGAUAGCUGGGAGGCGGAAGCGGAAGCGCUCUGGCAUGGUUACGAAGGCGUACCGGCCCGGCGGGCCAUUGUCGGACACAUCACUCACAUCCGGAGGCGAGGAUGGCAGCGACACAGAUAGCAGAGUCAGCGACAGCAGCGCCGGCCUUAUCAAGAAGCAGCGCCUGCGGAGCUUGAGUCGCGAGCCUGCCCUGCGCGGCCGCGUCGCCGUGGGGUCAUCGUCUGACGAGGAACCCGACCGCGACGCCAGCGUCAGGGUUAGAGGUCGGAGGGCGAGCAGUGUACCGGCACCUGAUCUGGGCUUCUUUUGCCCGCACGCGGCCUGCAGCAGGUUCACCAAGGCUUUCACACGUCGGGACAACCUGGCUCGUCACUUGAGGCUCGUGCAUGGAGAGGCGGAUCCCGGUUACGGCCAGAGCCGAAGCCGGAGUCGGAGUCGCGGGCCUGGUCAAAGCGAAGAUGAUGGUGGCGAGGAAGAUGAGUUCGAGGGCGGGGAAGACAGUGUGGAUGAGAUGGAUGGUGCUGUUCACGUCGAUGGGUUCCUCAAACCCAUCAAGAUCAGGCAGGGAUGGCGGGCGGAGGAUGUUAUGAAGAGGAGAGAUAAGGGUGAAUUGGUUGGUACUGGCCGGCGGGGCCGGAGCAGACGAAGGAGACGAGACUCUGAUGGUUACGAAUCUUGAUGGCUUUUUGUUUGUUGGCAAAAGCUACGAUGAGACUGGGGUGCAUAAACCCACAUUCUGAUAUCCAAUUUGAUAUACCCAAUACGCCUUCACAUUGUCUCGCUCUUCAAAUUCCCCAUAGUGCAAUACCGCCCGCAUACCACACCGCUGGGCAUGGCCAGAAGCUUACGCAAAGAUAGCCUGCCGUGCGAUUGACUGUAAUCGUUUCAUGCCUCUGGAGGUCAGCGUGGAUGCUUCGGUCCCGAGUAAUCACUAUCAGAUUAUUAGCCCUCCAGCCAGGGCAUUAUCCGCUGCAGAAUAAGUAUCCGAAACCCGCUUAGUGUUUUGGGCUUGUUUAAAAUACCCAAAAAACUUGGUAUCAAUACCACCAUCCCUCCUAGCUGGUUGACCGCUUGGCUCGGUGGUGAUGUCGUCUGAACCGCUGUGGUAAAGAUGGAGGGUUCGCUGUCUCGGAUUUCUGGUUUGUGGCAUGAUGGAUGAUUGGGUCGCAAAGUGCAGCUCGCCGCCGGCGUGGGAAGACACAACCGGACUUGGCAAAUGAGUGCCAACGCAGCCAGGCCAGAAACCUGGAGCAACUUCAUGGUUGAGAACUGUUGGCUGUGGUAUGACGUGACAGGUGGGUUUUCUCAGUAUUAGUCUCUUUUCGUAUUUUCAUCUCUCUCUUUAUAUUUAAAUGCUUGGGUUGUUUGGGG